CAUCUCCACGUCCUCGUUGAAGACGAUGUAGCGCUUGGUGGAGCCGAAGGAAGGAGUUGCUGGCUCGCUGGAGUAGAGCAGACGUUGCAAGAACGACCUCCUCCUCAUCCCACGACGAGGACUUUCUGAAGGGACGGCAGCAGCAGCAGACGAAGCAGCAGAAGCACCAGCUGCUGCUGCUGCUGCUCUCUCUGCCUCGUGAUGUGCUCUGGUGAUCCCAUUGUUGAUAGACGUUAAAGAUGCCUGGGAGGUGAUGGAAGGGGCCGAGCUCGAGGGGGCUGAGGCGGAGGAGCCUGUCAGGAGCGACCACGUGCGGAGGCUCUUGUGGCGGUGAAGCAGCGGCAUGGUACUGGC